CAGAGGGCAGACAGCUGGCACAGAGUCGACCCCCGGCACAAAGGUAGGCAUUGCAACUUAUUACCAGAGUGUCGUCCGUCUGUCGCAGGUGCUGCCGAAGGGCUGGCGCCAAACUUUGCCGGAGACCGAGCACGAAUGGCUGGCCAAAGCGCUCUACGUCAAAGGUUCCCGUGGGAAAAUGGUCCUGACGUCGGAGCUGCAGCUAUGAUGUGGGGGUUGAAGCUGGCCUGCCCCCACUGCCGGCACCGGCUGACCGGAGGCGGGCUGUACCGGACCGUGCGGCGGGUGCUGGACCUCCAAGAUUGGUACUUCAUGGGCACCGAGUACCUGGAGUGCAUCGGCUGCCGCCGGAAGUACUCGGCCUGGGAAGAAGCCAUCAUCCAGCAGAUGAGCAUGUACCAGCAGCUGAAGUUCCCGGCCGUCCUCACGUACAAACACCUGUUGAACUGUUGCUGUACUCAUGAAUCGGGAACGUGUGUGCACACAAACAAAUUAAACAAAUCGACGACCUUGACACGCUGCUACAACUCCCGCCUGCUCAGCGCUUUCCAAAAUCUGACGCAGAAGCUGCUGAAACGCACGGUGGUGGAAAACUACACCCCGCCGGGGGAGUACACCGGGGAGCUCAUCGGCUUGGACUACCUGUACGCCCAGACCGGCGCCGCGCUCCAUCCGGACCCCGGUCGUGACAAGAAGGGAGAGGAUGAGGACCCGACUGCUUGGAUGGACAAGGUGGCGGAGGAAGAGGAGGAGGAGGAGCAGGAGGAGGACGACGGGGCGGUCGACGUGGAAGAUCCGGACGAAGGAGACCCGGAGUUCAUGGCCUUGUCUGAGUCCAUGAUGGAGUGCCAGGACAGGGACAGGGACAGGGACAGGGACAGGACGCCUGCGCCCCCACCACCUCCAGACGCCCACGUAGAGGAUGACGUCCUCGGACCGGACGAACGCACAGGCUACCAGCACGUCUGCCGCCUGGCGUCAGCGCUGGUGGAGCUGCGUCUGAGUCCCUUUGUCACUCAGUCGCAGGUGGCCAACAUCAGGGAUCUGUGGCUGAAGCUGGACUCCAGGGACAAGGCCCCCCUUGCCCUUCCCACGCGGCACAAGGACAGGUUGUCCAAGGGCCGCUUCAAGACCUCGGCCAGAAAUCGCCACUCGACGGGCCUGGACAGUGCCAAACGUCUCGCCAUCGGAAAGGGCACGGAGGUGGCGCACUUCCCGAGUGUGAGCAGGUUGAUGGAGGCCAUUUUCAUCGAGCUGUGCCACAUCCACGCUCAGGGGCACAGCCUGGCCGGAAUCCGGAUGAGCCGAUGGGGGCUAGUGAUGCGUGACUUCGGGCGCAUCAAACAGAUCUGCAGGUCUGCGCAGCUGCUGGCCGCCGCUCCCAUCCAGCUGGUGGAGGUCAAUCACCGGACCCUUUCACAGUGGUACAACCGGAGAAGCAAGGAGGAACUGGCCAGGGGCCUGUGCGUAGUGCUUCCGGCGCCCACCGCAGACCAGGUCGCAGCAGAGGCACUCCCACCGUCCAAGCCUUUACUGGAGAAGGCGGUGCAGCCCAGUAAAGGCCUGGAAUACCACCACCCGAACGACACCUCUGGUCUGGCAGUCACUCACAGAGGGCCUGUCCUGCCAGAGCUUUUUGCAGCGCGUGUGUCCGCUUCAUCCUCCUCCUCCUCCGUCUCCGCCGCCGCUGCUGCUGUUGCAUCCGCUUCGCCCUACUCCGCCACUGUCUCCGCUUCGUCCUCCUCCGCUACUGCUGCUGCUGCCGUGUCCGCUGCCGUGUCCGCUUCGUCCUCCUCCGCUGCUGCUGUGUCCGCUUCGUCCUCCCCUGCUGCUCGCAUACGGGAGCAUCAGAUACGGCCGCAUAUGGGCUUCGCCACUCCAAGUGUCAGCACCCCCCCUGGCAGCAGUGGUGGUCCCAAAAGGAGAAAUGCGACUCAACAUAAAUGCAAGCUUUGUGGAAACCCCAAGUCAAAAGCAUUUGGCCACAGCCGUUACAGGAACGAGCACUUUUGCUUUCAGUCGGCAGGGCGUUCGGUGGAAGACUGGCUCGCUGAGAAGAGGAGGGACGAGGCACAAUCAAAGACCCAACAUCAGUCCUUACGCCAUCUGCUGCCUCAACCUCCCAACGAUCCCCCCCGCACCCCCAACACCCAAUAGCAUCUGGCGUGGUGCGUGCUGUUGUCGUCGUCGCUUCUGACCACUUACGUGCCUCUUGUUUCCCGGGAUACAAUCAGGACUCUCUUGGGAUCCUAUCUGGUGUUGCCACCUCCUGAGGAGGAAGCCCCCAAACUUUUUACUUCCCUCCAAAUGUUCAGUGGCAUCUGACCUAUGCACAGAUAUAAAAAAGUGUUUUCAUCUAUUUAUCUAUUUAUUCUUUUUAAAAAGAUUGCCAAAGAUAUAUAGUGUUUCUUUAUUUUUAUUUAUUUAUUUAUGUAUUUAUUUAUGUAUCUGUUCGACAUAUUGUGUUUCUUUAUUUUUAUUGAUUGAUUGACGACAACAAUGACGACAGUGUCUUUUUUGCUCUUAAAAUAAAUUGUUGGAUGUGUGUUGCUUUUUCACAAAUAAAAGUUGUGGUGGGGUGUUUUACUAUA